AGGAAGACAAUCAACACUACAGCCAUGAGGCCCGCAAUCUCAGUGACCCUUGAACCUGGUCUGGAGCGAGGCAUCCCCUGGGGGAGGGAUCUGUACACAUUUGUGACUUCAGCAGCCGGUCACAUGAUGCGCACCCUUCAGAAGCCUCGGAAGAACAGACCAUCCAAGCGUCAGGUUAAUCAUCGCCGCUUCCUGCAUAACAUGAUCCAGCGAAAGUUUGCAGACAUUGAGGCGGCCAAUCAUCGGCUGGCGUCCUCACUUUAUUGCAGCAGCGAGGUUCAAACAUCGUCCAGCUCUGACUCAACCAAACAGUCUGCUGACACGACUUCAGGUGUCCGUUUACCUGGUAACUUAUUGGUUAACCAGCACCACAGCAACACGCUGACUGAGAAAGCACACAAUGGAGAUGACUCCGACCACACUGACCCGGGUGAAAAGAAACAGAUGGACGCUGGACAUCUUUGGAAGCGACAACCAAAGUCACAAAAAAGAGCAAAAGAAAAUCCAAAAUCGACCAGCUCUCUUGAAUGCUCACAUGUUGAUGAGGGAAUCUCUCUGUCAGAAGACCGAACCCUGCAUGUUUUUGAAGACAUGUGUGGCCAAAAUACUGUUGCUGCACCCAUUACUUCUCCACUGUCCUUUCCGUCCUGUGAAUUUGCCAUUCAGAUGUAUCAUGACGGUUCCUUCAGCAGUCAGAGGAGCAUGACAGAGAGUUCCUGGUCAGACAUCUUGGACUUGUUCAGUUUGGACAGUCAAGAGUUAGAACCUGAUGUGGAUGCCUACUUUGAAAGCAUCGCUGCUUAUGAUAGUGAUGACGCAUUUACUGACCACUUGGCUGACAACACUCAAGGACAACACAGUAGCACACCUGAGGUGGCAUAUGAACACAUUGUCCAGAACCAACUCUGGUCUGAGCGUGAAGAAGGUCGUCAUGGCGAUGUGGGAUGGAUCAGUAGUGAAGGCAGUGUAGAGGUUCAGCAUUGGACCAACCACCAACUCCACGCAUCAUUUCCCAGUCCUGAUGUCCCCGAGCGUCAUUCCUGUAUGAUGCAAAAUUCUGUAAAUAUUCAGACCUUGACACCGUUUGAGGGAGUUGCUCAGUCAUUUCCUGCUUCAAGUCAAGCUCACGAGUCGCGACCUCUAUCAAGACUUCCCAGUGAGGACGACUGGUUGUCCACUGACAUCCUCGGAUCUUGUACCUGCUAAUUAAUAUGUCCAUGUGUGUUUGCCUCGUAUAUCACUUUUUAUUUUUCCUGUGAUUGCUUUACUAUGUCAUGACUGCAUUAGAUCGACAAAGUGACUUCACACU